AUGUGGCUUUCAAAAGAAAAUAUAGACAAAAAGGACACAUCAAAUCAAUUAAUAGCAGUAGCAAUUGAUCGUGAUAAAGGGAGUCAACAUGCCCUAAAAUGGGCAAUUGAUAAUCUCCUUCAAAGAGGCCAAACUGUUGUUCUUGUUCAUGUUAAACUUAAGCCUUCUUAUGGUUCUUCUCCCCAUCUUGUCAUCAAUGGAAGACAUUGGGAUCAACAAACAAAGGAUUUAUUCCUCCCCUUUCGUUGCUUUUGUACAAGAAAAGAUAUACAAUGCCGGGACAUUGUGCUUGAAGACUCAGAAGUUCAAAAGGCAUUGAUCGAGUUUGUUACUCAAUCAGCUGUUGAGGUCUUAAUCAUGGGAGCAGCCUCUAAAGGUUCCUUCUUGAGAUUUAGCAAGACAGAUACUCCACUAGCCGUAUCAAAAGCAGUACCAGAAUUUUGCAGCGUUUAUAUAAUAUCAAAAGGAGGUAAAAUUUCAUACUUGAAAUCUGCUUGUCGUCAACCACCACCCGUUUCUCAUCUUAGAAAUCAAAUUAUGAAUCAACCUGUAUCUGCUCCUGCUUCACCUCCUCUCCAAUCUAGAAAAGGAUCAGAAAAAACAACACCUUCUGGGUCACCAUUUGCCGGAUCCGGAUUUGAUGAAAAUGAGCUCAAGUCAGCAUUUGCAAGUCGAGGGGUAAGACAUCCACAUGUAAAGUCAUACGGUGACUUACUAUUAGACACAGAUAUCUCAUUUGUAAGCUCAGGAAGACCAAGCGUUGAUAAAGCUUUGCCUUCUUCACUGUUUGAUGGUUCCGAAGAAAGAAAGAGUACCAACAGAUUAUCUACAAGCUCUGAUACUGCUGAUUUUUUUUGUGAUUCUUACAAUCGAAGAUCUCUCGACAUUCCUUUGUCUCCUCCUCCUCGUUCCUCUAAUGCUUCUGCUUCUGCUUCUACUGAUGAUUACUCUAAUAUCAGUUGGUCUAACAUGCAAUCACAAUCAAUGGACGAUGUUGAAGCUCACAUGAAAAGACUAAAGAUGGAGUUGAAACAAACGAUGGAGUUGAAACAAUCGAUGAAUUUGUAUAAUUAUGCAUGCAAAGAAGCAAUCAACGCCAAGCAAAAGGCUCUUGAAUUGCAAAGGUGGAAAAUAGAAGAAGAACGUAAGAUGGACGAUGUUCAAAAUUAUGAAGAAUCAGCAACACGGUCAUCAACUGAAAAAGAGAGAUUAAAAUCUACGACAACGAAAAUCGAAGCUCAAAAACGAUUAGCUGAACUUGAUUCACAGAAAAGGGUUAAUGCAGAGAUGAAAACAUUAAAGGAAGCUGAGCAGAAGAACAAGGUUAUGGAUUGUAUGGAUACAUCAAUUAGAUAUAGAAGGUACACUAUUGAAGAGAUUGAAAUUGCUACUGAAUUUUUUGCUGAACAACGCAAAAUUGGAGAAGGGGGUUAUGGUCCUGUCUUUAGAUGUCAAUUAGAUCACACAUUAGUUGCUGUUAAAGUUUUACGUCCUGAUGCUGCUCAAGGAAGAUCUCAGUUUCAACAAGAGGUCGAAGUGCUUAGUUGUAUUCGACAUCCAAAUAUGGUUCUUCUAUUGGGAGCUUGUCCCGAAUAUGGUUGUUUAGUAUACGAGUAUAUGCACAACGGAAGCCUUGAAGAUCGCCUUCUUUGUCGAGGGGGAAGUCCACCACUCCUUUGGCAACAUAGGUUUCGCAUUGCUGCAGAAAUCGCCACAGGACUUUUAUUCCUACACCAAAGUAAACCAGAGCCAUUGGUACAUAGAGACUUAAAACCAGGCAACAUUCUUUUAGAUCGAAAUUUAGUUGCAAAAAUUAGUGAUGUUGGUUUAGCUAGGUUGGUUCCUCCAAAUGUUGCUGAUGAGGUAACACAAUAUAGGAUGACUUCCACUGCUGGUACUUUUUGCUAUAUUGAUCCUGAAUAUCAACAAACAGGUAUGCUUGGAGUGAAAUCAGAUGUGUAUUCACUUGGCAUAAUGCUAUUGCAAUUGAUAACUGCAAAGUCACCAAUGGGUUUAGCACACCAUGUUGAAAGAGCAAUUGAGAAGGGAAAAUUUGAAGAAUUUUUGGACCCAUUAGUUACUGAUUGGCCUAUUAAUGAGGCUUUGGCUUUUGCUAAAUUAUCACUUAAAUGUGCUGAGUUAAGGAGAAGAGAUAGACCAGAUCUUGGGACAGUUUUAUUACCAGAGCUUUGUAAAUUGAGAAACAUAGCAGAAGAUAGCCUUGAUUCAAUCAUUUUUGGAGGUGGUCAUUCAUCUACUAGCCAAGUCUCUAUGGGACAUGAGUUAAGUGGUCCUCAAUCUCAUGAAAGUAAUCAGAGCUCAACAUUUGGUGGAGACUAAAUACAAC